GGCGUGUUGCGGAGAAGACAGCGGAAGAUGGCGGGGUCCAAGGUGAAGCAGGACAUGCCUCCUAGGGGAGGCUAUGCUUCGUUUGAUUAUAAGAGAAAUAUUCCGAAACGAGGACUGUCAGGCUAUAGCAUGUUUGGCCUUGGGAUUGGCGUCAUGGUGUUUGGUUACUGGAGGCUUUUUCGCUGGAACAGAGAAAGGAGGCGUCUGCAGAUUGAGGAUCUGGAAGCCAGGAUAGCUCUGAUGCCUCUGCUGCAGGCAGAAAAAGACCGAAGGACCUUACGGGUCAUGAGGGAAAAUCUAGAAGAGGAGGCGAUUAUCAUGAAGGACGUUCCUGGUUGGAAGGUUGGCGAGAGCGUCUUCCACACCACCCGCUGGGUCACCCCUCUGUCAGAGGAGCUGUGCAACCUGUCUCCUCGGGAAGAGUUUCUGAACAUGCGGUUCGGCUUCCUGUCGUACCUGUAAGCACCACGAGACGUACAGCGCCCACAGCCAGCACCUCGUGGACUUUAGCCUGUAAAUGUUCUAUCAUAAAAUAUUUUUUCUUUAACUCA